AUUUAUCAUCAUUUUAACAAUAUAAUCACUCAACAUAUAGCCAGGUACUUCAAUUUUAUUCACAUUAUUUCUUAUUUCUUUCACUCUUCCUAGACACCGUUUAUCCUUAAUUAAUCUCCACAAGUAGUCCACUUUUAUGUUGCCCAUGCACGAAUCAAUCAUAGUAGUCUUAUCGGUUCCAGUUUUAAUCCAUUCAUUCGAUCCAUUUUGCCGGUCACAUCUCUUAUUGGCCCUCUUAAAACGUAUGUGCCGCGGAUGCAUGACGUCGGCGAUCUCUUCCUGUCCUCCUUGGUGCCGGUCCGGAAUCCUCCUUGGCCUCUUGAAGCGUGCAUGCGGCCUCCAUCGGCGCGCGCGGUUCCUCCUUCGCUUUCUACGCCUCCGGGCCUUACGAUGCAUGCUCCUCUCCCGAAUGCCGUCCUCUCCGUCCUGAUGUCGGCCGUCCGGUGUCCUCGGGCGCCUCCGUCUCCGGGCCUUACGGUGGUCGCUCCUCCGGUCCUGCAUGCCGUCCUCCCUGGUGUCAGCCUCUUGGUCAAAAAUUUUGGGGUCCUUUGUCUCCUUCGGUGGUGUCCAUUGGUGCGGGUGCAUGGGUUCUGUGGCGGUCUCUUGAUGGGCGGGCUGCUCUACCUGUGGUGAUGGAUCUUCGGCGGGUUGCUCUUCGGUGGGGAACAGAAUACUGAAUAGAGGUUGAUGCUUGCGGCUGGUUUUUGGUGGUGGGUUAUCUGGUAUUGGCUUUUGUUCUUCUAAUAAUAUUUUCGGUGGACCACUUCUGA